UUCAAAGACAGAAAUUAUGGUCUGAAGAAGUCCUGUUCCUCCAGUCCUGGUUUUGACACAGCAGGAGGGCCUUCGGACAGAAUGCUAACAUGGCGCCUCUGCUGCCCCCUGUUGGUGCAGAGGUCUUCAGACCAUUCACUGCAGCUUCGCUGGAGGAGAUUGAACGACGACACCAAGAAGAGGAGAAACAGCAACAGAGGAGGAAGGAAAAGAACAUAGAGCUGGCAGAGGAGGAUCUUCCAAAACCAGCUAGUGACUUGGAGGCUGGUAAACCCCUCCCAUUUAUCUAUGGGGACCCCCCACCUGAGCUCCUCAACACCCCAUUGGAGGAGCUGGAUCCCUUCUACCAAUCACAGAAGACAUUCAUCGUCCUGGGUAAAGGAAACGUCCUGUACCGGUUCAACGCAGAACCAGCCUGUUUCCUGCUCAGUCCAUUCAGCCCACUGCGAACAUUUGCCAUCAGGAUCCUCAUCCACUCAUUCUUCAGUUUCUUCAUCAUGGUGACCAUCCUGACAAACUGUGUCUUCAUGACCAUGAGUGAUCCUCCACCCUGGAGUAAAACAGUCGAAUAUGUGUUCACUGGCAUCUACACGUUUGAAGCCACGGUCAAAGUCCUGUCCAGAGGCUUCUGUCUGGGAGACUUCACUUUCCUCAGAGACCCAUGGAACUGGCUGGACUUCAUGGUCAUCAGCAUGGCAUAUCUGACAGAGUUUGUAGAUUUAGGGAAUGUUUCUGCUUUGAGGACGUUCCGAGUUCUUCGAGCCCUGAAGACCAUCACAGUUAUCCCUGGUUUGAAGACCAUCGUCGGAGCUCUAAUCCAGUCGGUGAAGAAACUGGGUGAUGUCAUGAUCCUGACGGUGUUUUGCCUCAGCGUCUUCGCACUGAUUGGAUUGCAGCUCUUCAUGGGAAAUUUGAGGCAAAAGUGUGUCCUGCUGCCAUCAUGGCUGCAAAACAUGACAUCCGAUGGUAACGCCAGCAGCAGUUACCAUGGCAACCACUCAUGGAACGGCUUUGACUAUCAAGAGCACAUCAAUAACCCUGAGAACCACUACUUCCUGCCUGGUCACAGAGAUCCUCUGUUGUGUGGGAACAGUUCUGAUGCUGGGGUGUGUCCUGAAGGGUACACAUGUCUGAAGGCCGGAGGAAACCCAAACUAUGGAUACACCAGCUACGACUCCUUCGGCUGGGCCUUCCUGGCCCUGUUCAGACUGAUGACACAGGACUUCUGGGAAAACCUCUUCCAACUGACUCUGCGUGCUGCAGGUAAAACCUACAUGAUCUUCUUCGUGGUCAUCAUCUUCCUGGGCUCCUUCUACCUCAUUAACCUCAUCCUGGCGGUGGUUGCCAUGGCGUAUGCUGAGCAGAAUGAGGCCACUAUUGCCGAGGCCAAACAGAAGGAGGAGGAGUACGCUCAGAUCCUGGAGGCGCUGAAGAAGAGAGAGGAGCAGCAGGCGGCCAAACAACUGUCUGAGACACAAGAGAAGAAGAAUUCACCUGGAGGGAUUCAGAGCCAGGACCAAGAAAAGACCACCAGGGAUGAGUUGGAGGAGGACCAGCGCCCAUGUCCUCCGUGUUGGUACAUCUUUGCCAACCUCUUCCUGAAGUGGGACUGCUGUGGGUGCUGGCUCUGGGUCAAGAACUGGCUCUACACCAUCAUCAUGGACCCGUUUGUGGACCUGGGCAUCACCAUCUGCAUCGUCCUCAACACCGUGUUCAUGGCUAUGGAGCAUUACCCGAUGACCGAACAGUUUGAGAACCUGCUGAGCAUCGGAAACCUGGUCUUCACAGGAAUCUUCACUGCGGAGAUGGUCUUCAAACUUCUAGCGAUGGACCCGUACCACUACUUUCAGGUGGGCUGGAACAUUUUUGACAGCAUCAUUGUCAGCAUGAGUCUGCUGGAACUGGGAUUGGCCAACGUCCAGGGGCUGUCGGUGCUCCGCUCCUUCCGAUUGAUGCGGGUCUUUAAACUGGCCAAGUCGUGGCCCACCCUCAACAUGUUGAUAAAGAUCAUUGGGAACUCGGUGGGGGCUUUGGGGAACCUGACUCUGGUCUUGGCCAUCAUCGUCUUCAUCUUCGCCGUGGUCGGCAUGCAGCUGUUUGGAAAGAACUACAAAGACUGCGUUUGUCGCAUCGCAGAUGACUGCGAACUUCCACGGUGGCACAUGAAUGACUUCUUCCACGCCUUCCUGAUCAUCUUCAGGGUUCUGUGCGGAGAGUGGAUUGAGACCAUGUGGGACUGCAUGGAGGUGGCGGGUCAGGCCAUGUGUCUGAUCGUCUUCAUGAUGGUCAUGGUCAUCGGAAACCUGGUGGUCCUGAACCUGUUCCUGGCUCUGCUGCUGAGCUCCUUCAGUGGUGAUAAUCUGUCAGCUUCAGAAGAAGAAGGAGAAAACAACCUGCAGAUUGCCAUUAACCGGAUGAGCUGGGCCAUGAACUGGGUCAAAGCACUGGUACUAAAACAGGUCUGGACUUUAGUGGGAAAGACCACAGCUGAGAAACCACAUGAGACUGAUGCUGGUGCAGACCAGCAGACAGAGCUCUUGGCUUUGACCUUUGUGACCCCAGACGAGCAGGUGCCACAGGCCAACGCCCUCCACCGUAACCCCGGCAACCAGACCAGCAACUACCACAGCAUCACGUCACUGAGGGUCCCACUGGCCCAGUCCGAGUCUGGAUCCGAGUCCGGGUCCGGGUUCGAGUCCGAGUCUGGAUCCGGGUCUGACUGUGAGGAGGCGGAAAACCAAGACAACAAAGAAGAGUGUGAUGCGUCGUCGGUCUGCAGUUCUGUACAGAAAGUUCCUGAAGUUCAGGAAGAAGAAGAAGACGAUGAAGAAGGAAACACACCUGAAGACUGUCUGACUGAAAAGUGCUACCAGCGCUGUCCCUUCCUGAACAUAGACUCGUCCCAGGGCAGAGGAAAGCUCUGGUCCAACUUCAGGAGAACAUGUUUCUCUGUCGUCGAACACAAUUAUUUUGAGACGUUCAUCAUCUUCAUGAUCCUGAUGAGCAGCGGAGCACUGGCCUUUGAGGAUAUUUACCUGGAGCAGCGGCGGGUCAUAAAAAUAGUUCUGGAGUACGCCGAUCAAGUGUUCACCUUUGUGUUCGUGGUGGAAAUGAUUCUCAAAUGGGUGGCGUAUGGAUUCCAGACCUACUUCACCAAUGCCUGGUGCUGGCUGGACUUCCUGAUUGUAGAUGUUUCUCUGGUUUCUCUGACUGCGAACAUCCUGGGAUACUCUGAACUGGGAGCCAUCAAGUCUCUGAGGACUCUGAGGGCCUUGAGACCCCUGAGGGCCCUGAGCCGCUUCGAGGGCAUGAGGGUGGUGGUCAACGCCCUGGUGGGGGCCAUCCCGUCCAUCUUCAACGUGCUGCUGGUGUGUCUGAUCUUCUGGCUGAUCUUUUCCAUCAUGGGGGUGAAUCUGUUCGCAGGGAAGUUUUAUUUCUGCUUCAAUGAGACGUCAGAGGAAAUGUUCCAACCUGAGGAAGUGGACAACCAAACCCAGUGUCUGUCCCUGAUCCAGCAGAACUACACUGAGGUGCGCUGGAAGAACGUCAAAGUCAACUUCGACAACGUGGGCAUGGGCUACUUAUCACUGCUGCAAGUGGCCACAUUUAAAGGAUGGAUGGACAUCAUGUACGCAGCGGUAGACUCCAGAGAGGUGCAGUCUCAGCCCAUGUAUGAGGAAAACCUGUACAUGUACCUGUACUUUGUGUGUUUCAUCAUCUUCGGCUCCUUCUUCACCCUCAACCUCUUCAUCGGAGUCAUCAUCGACAACUUCAACCAGCAGAAAGCCAAGUUAGGAGGAACAGAUAUUUUCAUGACAGAAGAGCAGAAGAAAUAUUAUAACGCCAUGAAGAAACUGGGCUCCAAGAAACCACAGAAACCUGUUCCACGACCAGAAAAUCCAUUUCAGGCUCUUGUGUUUGACCUGGUGACCAAACAGUUCUUUGACAUCUUCAUCAUGGUGCUGAUCUGCCUCAACAUGGUGACCAUGAUGGUGGAAACAGAUGAGCAGAGCGCCGAGAAGGAAACCAUCCUGUACUGGGUCAACCUGGCCUUCAUCGUUGUCUUCACCACUGAGUGCACACUCAAGGUCAUUGCGCUGCGACAGCACUACUUCGCAGUCGGAUGGAACAUCUUCGACUUUGUGGUGGUCAUCCUGUCCAUUGUAGGCCUCCUUCUGGCUGACAUCAUAGAGAAGUAUUUUGUGUCUCCGACCCUUUUCCGUGUGAUCCGCCUGGCUCGCAUUGGACGGAUUCUGCGUCUCAUUCGUGGCGCCAAAGGGAUUCGGACGCUGCUCUUUGCCCUGAUGAUGUCACUUCCUGCCCUCUUCAAUAUUGGACUCCUCCUCUUCCUCAUCAUGUUCAUCUUCUCCAUAUUUGGCAUGUCCAACUUCGCCUACGUGAAGAAAGAAGCCAUGAUCGAUGACAUGUUUAACUUCGAGGACUUCGGGAACAGUAUGAUCUGCCUGUUUAUGAUCACCACCUCUGCAGGAUGGGACGGGCUGCUCAACCCCAUCAUGAAUGUACCGCCAGACUGCGAUCCCGAUGUGGAGAACCCGGGAACGGCGGUCCGAGGGAACUGCGGAAGCCGGGUGGGCAUCGUGUUCUUCACCACCUACAUCAUCAUGUCGUUCUUGGUGGUGGUCAACAUGUACAUUGCCAUUAUCCUGGAAAACUUCAAUGUAGCCACAGAGGAAAGCAGCGACCCGCUGUGUGAGGACGAUUUUGAAAUGUUCUACGAAACCUGGGAGAAGUUUGACCCCGACGCCUCGCAGUUCAUACAGUACAGUAACUGUCAGAGUUUCUGCGACACGCUGCAGGAUCCUCUGAGGAUCCCUAAACCAAACACCUUCAAGCUGAUCCACAUGGAUCUGCCUCUGGUUCCUGGAGACCGGAUCCACUGCCUGGACAUCCUGCUGGGCCCUCACUGCUCCGGUUUUGGGUGAACGGGAGAGAUGGAUGCACUUAAAGCCAGCAUGGAGGAGAAGUUCAUGGCCAAUAACCCCUCCAAGGUGUCGUAUGAACCAAUCAGCAGCACCCUGCGGAGGAAACAGGAGGGAGGUGGCGGCCGGGUCAUCCAGAGGGCGUACAGGAAACACCUGCUGCAGCGAACCGUCAAACUGGCGUCCUACAAAUACCGGGAGAAGACAGACGGACGGCACCGGCAGACGCCUCCACCCGGAGACACUGAAGGACUGCUCUGCAAACGAAUCCAGUCAGCUGUAUGGAGGCGGAGCUUUACAGGAAGACCCGCCCCUGCUGCUGCUGAGCAGGUGGUUCAGAACGAUGUCAUCCUCCACGCUGCUCCGCCCAUCAGAACGUUCCACUUCCAGCAGGAUGAGAACCUGAGGGAGUCAAUGGUAGGAGGGGUACCUGUUGUGUCGCUGUCCAGUGCUGAAAUCCCUGAGAAGGCUCAGGAUAAAGAGGAACUGUCCAGUGCUGAAAUCACCCAUAAGGUCCAGGUUACCGAGGAGCUGUCCAGCGCUGAAAUCCCUGAUAAGGCUCAGGAUACUGAGGAACUGUCCAGUGCUGAAAUCACCCAUAAGGUCGAGGUACCAAGGAACUGUCCAGUGCUGAAAUGCCUGAUAAGGCUCAGAAUAAAGAGGAACUGUCCAGUGCUGAAAAACACUGAUCAGGCCAACAUUACCAAGGAACUGUCCAGUGCUGAAAUCACUUACUAG